AUGUCUAAUAAUACAAUUAGCGUUCAAAGUGUUCAGAAAACUCCCUAUACUCGUCCUCCCAGAAAUCGAAAGUUUGAACCAUGCUACUGUCAGGGUUGCAAAGGAAAAGCAGUAGAUCCUAGAACUAAAGCAUCUCACACCAAGAACAAGACUAAACCUCAACGCAAAACUACCCGUAAUUUUCCUGAAGCACCAGAAAUUCCAUUAGCGCCUCCAAAUCCAGAAAAUGAUUUUAAUUGUAACGAUAUGAGCUAUAACGAAGAACCGCAAGAAGAGAGCUAUCCCUUUUUAGUAAAAAGAGCACCAAUUGCUUCUCAAAAAUACAGAAGGUCUGAAACCUCUCUUCCGGAAAUAAUAAAUAAACUAUUAUCUGAUAAUGGUGACAAUGCAUCUGAAGAAGACAAUGAAAGAAACUUUGAAGAUAUUACUUCAGAAUAUUCAUCAGAUGAUUCAGAAGAAGAUUACCAAGUGAAUUUUGAUGCACCUGAAAUGGAAUUAGGAGAAAGCAAUUAUGGGCAUGCUGAAGGACUAGAUCACCCUUUUUUGUGGAUUGUUGUAUGGAUCUUGAAACGAAAACUUGUUUUCUACAUUUCCUACAUCUCUCUAUAUGGCACAAAAGAAUCUCGGAAUUUGUGCUCAUUUGAUAAAAUAUGCGGCUUGUGA